AUGGGCUGCUACCUGCUGCUGCUGCUGCUGCUGGGACUGUCAGGUCAGGGCUCACCCGAGAGCCACCCCGAGGUGCUGCAGGCACCUGUGGGGUCAUCCAUCCUGGUGCAGUGCCACUACCGGCUCCAGGAUGUGAGAGCUCGCAAGGUGUGGUGCCGGUUCUCGCAGGAAGAGUGCCAGCCACUGGUGACCUCAGCUGUGGACCGAAGAGCCCCAGGAAAUGGGCGCAUAUUCCUCACUGACCUUGGUGGGGGGCUCCUGCAGGUGGAAAUGGUGACCCUGCAGGAGGAGGACACAGGGGAGUAUGGCUGUGUGGUGGAGGGAGCUGCGGGGCCCCAGACUCUGCAUAGAAUCUCCCUGCUGGUGCUUCCACCUGUUCCUGGCCCAGGGGAGGAGGAGGCAGAAGAGAACGAGAGCAAUAGAACUGGAAGUCUGCCAAAGGACCCCUCCUUGGACCCCGCGGGGAGUGCUGGUCCUCACGAGUUCAGGAAGCAUGAGAAAAGGUGCCAAAAACAGUGUAUCUAUCUGAUCUGGGGUGCUGCAGUGCUUCUGCUGGGCCUGCUGGUGGUGGCUGUGGUGCUGUUUGCUGUGUUGGCCAGAAGGAAAGGACAUAGGCUCGGUGUCUGUGCCUGGUCCCAGAGCAGUGGCGUUUCAGGCACGGAGCCCUCCUCAGCUGUCCCCCACAGCAGCGACUCUGGACUGGAUGCCGCAUUGCCCACAGACAUACCCUAUGUGAGGUUAGACUCACCACCUUCCUUUGACACCACCUACAAGAGCUCUCCUGUUGAUCCUCCGUCAAGGAAAUCCCCGGACCCACCCCUACAACCCCCUCUACCCCCUAAGGUUCUGACGUCAUCCAAGCCUGUGACACAGGCCACAGUUGUCUUCCUGAGGGGGGACAAAGGUGACGACGGAUCUUCCUGUGAGCCUGCUCAGGAUCUACCCACCCAGUUAAAUAAUACACCUUAA